AUGGAAAUUGUUUGGGAGGUGCUUUUUCUUCUGCAAGCGAAUUUCAUCGUCUGCAUUUCAGCUCAACAAAAUUCACCAAAAAUCCAUGAAGGCUGGUGGGCUUACAAGGAGGUGGUCCAGGGAAGCUUUGUUCCAGUUCCUUCCUUUUGGGGUUUGGUGAACUCAGCCUGGAAUCUGUGCUCUGUUGGGAAAAGGCAGUCACCUGUCAAUAUUGAAACCAGCCAUAUGAUUUUUGAUCCCUUCUUAACUCCACUUCGCAUAAACACAGGGGGAAGAAAGGUCAGCGGGACCAUGUACAACACGGGCAGACACGUGUCGCUGCGGCUCGACAAGGAGCACCUGGUCAACAUCUCUGGGGGGCCCAUGACCUACAGCCACCGCCUGGAGGAGAUCCGGUUACACUUCGGGAGCGAGGACAGCCAGGGCUCUGAGCACCUCCUCAACGGCCAGGCCUUCUCCGGGGAGGUUCAGCUAAUCCACUACAACCAUGAGCUGUACACAAAUGUCACAGAGGCUGCAAAGAGUCCCAACGGGCUGGUGGUAGUUUCCAUAUUUAUGAAAGUAUCGGAGUCAUCAAACCCAUUCCUAAACCGAAUGCUGAACAGAGACACCAUAACCAGAAUAACCUAUAAAAAUGAUGCAUACUUACUACAGGGGCUUAAUAUUGAGGAACUGUACCCAGAAACCUCUAGUUUCAUUACGUAUGAUGGGUCCAUGACCAUUCCACCCUGCUACGAAACAGCAAGCUGGAUCAUCAUGAACAAACCUGUCUACAUAACAAGGAUGCAGAUGCAUUCUCUACGACUGCUCAGCCAGAAUCAGCCAUCCCAGAUAUUUCUGAGCAUGAGCGACAACUUCCGACCGGUACAGCCUCUCAACAACCGAUGUAUCCGAACCAACAUCAACUUUAGUUUACAGGGCAAGGACUGUCCCAACAACAGAGCACAGAAACUGCAGUAUAGAGUAAACGAAUGGCUCCUCAAGUAA